GGCUCGCUCGCAGGCUUUAAAUCGACCCGCGGGCCUACUUUAAGAAUGGUGCCCUCUCCACCACAACCAAUACUUAAAACCACGUGAGCAUGUAUUUUGAUCGGAUGCUGCCAAACUUCCACAUGGGUCCUACCAGUGUCUUCGAGAGCGAAAGCUACUAUCAGGCACCUUUGCAAGCGAAGGCUGCGAUGCCGUCGAGCUCUCCUGCCUCUCGGCCGAUCAGUCCCGUGUCGGUGGAAUCCGAAUCCAGCUGCUCGAGUCCCGAAGCCAAACCUUCGACCGGGGAAGCUCGUGUUCGCAGACCGUUGAAUGCGUUCAUCAUCUGGACCAAAGAGGAGCGGAGACGUCUGGCGCAGCUCAAUCCCGAGCUUGAGAACACGGACCUUAGCAAAAUUCUUGGUAAGACCUGGAAGGCCAUGGCCCUCGCUGAGAAAAGGCCCUACAUGCAGGAGGCCGAGAGGCUGCGAGUACAGCACACCAUUGAUCACCCCAAUUACAAAUACCGACCCCGACGCCGCAAGCAGCGCCGCAAGGCUGUCAAGACAACCCCUUGUGAUCAGCCCUUGCCCAGUGAAGGUGCUGCUGUCAGGGCUUACAGCACACCCUACAACCUCAGCUAUCUGCUCCAGAACCCGCACACACAACAGCACGGCUUCACACACACAGCUUCUUACUCUAACACACCCUACAUGACCUCAUACCCCAACACCUACCCUGUCACAUACUCACACACGCACGCCACGGCGUAUUCCCAUGGAAACCUGCACCCAGACGGCACCACAACCCCAAAUCCAGCAGCCUACCUGAACACAGCACCGUACGCAGAGGACUAUUACACGGUCCAGCCAGCUGCGCAGCAGCAGUGGGCAGGAGCGGGUCCUCAGGAGCACUUUGACCGGCGGGGAGGGUGCAGCUGUUCACUGUGCAGUGGAGGGCUGUCACUAGAGUUCUACCUGGAGCAGGUGAGACUGGACAUGCUGGACGAGCUGGACCGCAGUGAGUUUGAACAGUACCUCAACCCAGUGAAGACUAAAGACUGUUAAUCGUAUCAGUUUCUCAUCAAGGGGGUCGCUAAGACUCCAAACUGAUCGAAUUCUGCAUUAUUGCUGCUG